AUGGCACUACGAUUCGACCCAGAGUACCAAGCCGCCAUCGCCGCCAGAGACAGCGGCGGAGGAGGUCCCGCCCCGCCAGCGCCAUUCAAAGACGUCUUUGAGCUCCGCGCCUUCUCGGAACCUAUGCUUCGCACCGUUCUCCGCGCGCAGCCGGCGCCGGAAAACGUCCUCGAGACCCGGAUCCCGUUCCCCUCGCACGACGGACAAGAGGUCGGGCUCUACCGCUUCGCCACCCAGGAGAUGAUUGACAGCCCCGAACCCCUGGCCGCCGUGGUUUACGUCCACGGCGGCGGCAUGGUCUCGUGCGAUGUGGAUAUCUUCAGCCCGCAGAUUAAGCGGUUCGUCGAGAUGGUGGGGAUGCCGUUCUUUGCGGUCGAUUAUCGGCUUGCGCCUGAGUUCCCUGAUGGGCUCGGCGCUGAGGACGUGUAUUUUGGGUUGAAGUACCUGUCGGAGCACGCUGCGCGUUGGAACGUCGAUAACGGCAACAUCGCCAUCAUGGGCGACUCAGCUGGCGGCGGGCUCGCUGCAGGCGCGACGUUGAUGGCGAGGGAUAGGAGCCUGCAGCCGCCGUUGCGGAAGCAGGUUCUCGUAUACCCUAUGCUCGACGACCGCACCUCCGUGCCCGAGAAGGCUACAAUUUACCCCUUGUUAUCGUGGAAGGCGCACGACAGCGUGCUCGCGUGGCGGGCGGUGUUGGGGGAUAAAGCUGGGGACCCGCGGCCCUCCGCGGCGGAGGCCGGGAUCUCGUUGUAUGCUGCGCCGGGGCGGGCUUCGGUGGAGGAGUUGAGGGGACUGCCGAGGACGUAUGUUGAUGUGGGCGGGUUGGAUUUGUUUCGAGAUGAGUGUGUUAAUUUUGUGAGGAGGCUUUGUGAGGCUGAGGUGGAGGUUGAGUUUCACCUGUGGCCUGGGUUGCCGCAUGGGUUUGAGAGUGCGCCUGGGAUUGGGUGGGUUAAGAGGGCUUUGGAGGCGAGGAAUGAUGCGCUGAGGAGGGUUUGA